CGUGCCAACGUUCGAAGGUGCUGCGACACACACAAUCACCUAUAUCUCGAUAUUCGGCACCGGACAGCCGGUUUUCUCAUAUCAACAUUGACAUCGUGGGGCCCUUCCCUCCAAGUAGGGGAAACCGCUAUUGUUUAACGGUCAUUGACAGGUUCACGCGUUGGCCUGAAGCGUUUCCAAUGCCUGAUAUGACCGCGUUAACAGUUGCCGAAGCUCUUGUUUGCGGAUGGAUAGCCCGGUUUGGUGUUCCAUUUUUCAUCACGUCUGACCAAGGACGUCAAUUCGAAUCAUCGCUUUUCGAUGAACUUACUCGCUUGAUCGGAUCCAGCCACCUGCGUACGACUGCAUACCACCCUCAGUCAAAUGGCAUUAUCGAACGAUGGCAUAGGACCCUAAAAGCAUCUAUUCUGUGCCAUGAUCCCGAGCACUGGAGCGAGUACCUACCGAUGAUCCUACUCGGGCUGCGGGCAGCCUACAAGGAAGACAUUAAAUCAUCGCCUGCCGAGAUGGUAUAUGGAACAACUCUCCGAUUACCGUCUGAGUUUUUCACAAACAACUUAGACAACCCGAACGAAGCUGAAUUUGUCGCCAAACUCCGUACAACUAUGCGACAAAUUCGCCCCCGAGAGACUGCCAGGCAUGGAAAUCACAGUGUUUUCAUACACCAGGACUUAAAGACGUGUAAGAACGUCUUCGUGCGCAACGACUCGGUCCGACCCUCGCUAUCGCCACCGUAUGAAGGACCAUUCAAGGUGCUGAACCGAGCCGAAAAAUUCUUCAAGUUGAACAUACGAGGCCGCACAGUCAACGUUUCGGUCGAUCGCCUGAAGCCAGCGUAUUCACUAGAAGAUCAGCAAACCACAAGUGACAAGGUACCUGCAUGCACAACUGAUCCUAAUAUUUUUCCGACUAGAGUCACUCGUUCCGGUCGACGAGUUGUAAUCCCUUCGAGGUAUCGGUAAAGGGAAAUCUAGUCUAGGAGGGGAGUACUGUGGCAGCGUAGCCUUUUUCGUGUACGUCACUGUACCGCGCUACACACUAAACCUACUAAUCCGUAUCCGUUAGUAUGCGUAUGUACUAACACGAGCGUGCGAACACGAGCACUAACGAUAACGUCACAGCGAACGACUAACGAUAAAAUAAACCGAGAGAUAGUUCUCAUUCUAGUCAUAC